UAAACGUCAUUGCAAAAACACAAAAAGAUACGAAAGAUUAUUCACUACAGCUGACUGGUUUGCCAUUAAGUUGCAGGACUUUUACUGUAAUAUUCGACAAAGAAAAUUCACUUUCAGAUCUGCAUUAGUUUCCGCUAUCGGUCGUGCCAUUUCCGCGUGUUUAUGCAAUUGAAUUUUCGUGUAAAGCAACGAGGGUUUAUCGCAAAAAUUGGGUAGGAAAUCGUCAAAAUCGUGAUGUUCAACUUCGACGGCGACUUUCGUCGUCGCCCACAGCAAAGUCUCGGUGGUGUAUCGCAAAAAUCAGACCGUCUCAGCAUUAUCCGGAAGGCUCAACAGGAGCGACAGAAACGAGAGGAUGUACGUCGCCAGCAGCAUGGUGCAACUGUGAUCCAAAGUUCGGUGCGCAGCUUCGUGCAGCGGCAGAAUGUGAAACGUCGCGAACGGGAACGAUUCGAUGAAUAUCGGAAGACGAAUGGGUUGAAGAAGCUACUGGAUUUGGAAUAUCUCACGCGAAGGAUUAUAUUUUUCUACCAUGCAAAGAACAACAAGGACGGAGACCGGUUGAUUUAUCUUUGUCAAUACUUGAUUAAGAAUCAACAAGAAGCUUUUGAGGUGGCAACAACUCAAUCAAUGUGGACGUAUCGCAUAAAGAAAUUACUGGGAUUAUGUCUGCAGCAGAUUUUCAUUCCGGAGCAUUCAUCCACUAUACCGAUGCGCAUGCUGGAGAUCUAUUCGUGCAACACCUACAUUGAAAAGUAUUCGAACCUGCAAACGCGGGGUCGGAGUUAUCUGGAGGAUAUUUUCUGCUAUUUGAUCCGCCAGAAGUACUUCCAAAUUAUCCGUCAGCUAAUAGAGGAAAAAAUCCCUCCCAUAGACGAAGACACCACCGUGCUUCCGAAUCCGAUCGGUGAUGCGCUGUUGCAGAUGUUGCUCCGCCCAUUGAAGUUGAUACCGACGGCGAACGAGAGAUUCAACGCAAGCAUCCUGCAGUCGUUCUGUUUCUACAUCUUAUCACCGAACUUUUCCGAUCAGAUUAAGCACUACAUCGUUCCUUCACUGGCGAAGAAUGCUGAUUUUCCAUAUAUUACACUGGUACGGUACAUAGCCGAUGAGUAUCAGGUUCGGUUGGACUAUCAAAACACAAUUUUAAUCGACAUUGAUGACGAGAUGGAUGAUGGUGGGUCGGUUGCCGCCAGCAGGGGAGGAGAAAGUGCCAGCAAGAAGCUGCGGAAGAGUCGAGAGAAUGAAACGCUUUUGCUUACCAGCUCGUUGCUUUAUGCCGUUAUGAAGCUGGGUGAGAAUCAGUUCGACAAUCUGAACAGCGUGCCCCUGUAUAGCGCCUACGUGAAAGUCAUUUCAUCGAUGGUGAACAACAUUACGAAACUACCGCGAAUGGCCACCGAAACCUAUCACCAUCGACAGGAUGAUUCCAGUGACUCUGAAUCGGAGUCCGAAGAUGUUCAGAUGCUUACCAGUACGGAGAAUCAAACGCUAGCGGAAAUCAUCAGCAUGCUCAACGAUAAUCAGCGAGUAGCAUUCGUGGUGAAACACGUCGAUGAUAUCCUGGAUAAGCCUGAUGUGAUGCAGCAUCUCUGUUUAGUCUGCCACAAUCUGAUGACCUACAAUCGGCUGGCAGUGUACGAGUAUAAACUGCUAUACAUGCUAGCUUCCAAACCACAAUUCAUUCGAUCGCUUUGGUACACCCUGACAGCUCAAACUGUUAGUCAAGGUUUCUCGUCACCAAUUUCGUUGCUGUCCAAGGGAUUAACAAUUUCCAAGUAUGAUUCUGACAGGAUAGUUCCGAUAUUGGCCUCAUUCUGUGCCCUCUUUGGUAGACUCAUAGCCACACUGCACGAUGGAGAAUUUUGCCAGGAAAACGUUCUUCCAGGGACAGUCAGCAAAAUCAUGCCAUUCACAAUCCCAGAAAUCAUUCCGCUCAGUACGACACUCAAGGAAAUUUCACUUGGGCUGGUAGAGCUUGCGUUUCCCGAAACUCGCUCCUCGCUCAAAGACAGCUAUCGCACUAUGUUAACCUCACUGAACAACGAGUCCACUUCCCACUAUCGGCUCAAGUGUGAUUUGAGCGAGCAGAACAAGAAUGUUUGGCCCCAUCUGCUCAAAGUUUGCGUUUCACUGCUGCGACAAAUUCAUACACGCGAUCUGCGACGAGGUUUCUGCCCGGAUGGCCACUGGACGGCACAGAAUCUAAAUCUCCCGCUUGAUAAACCCACCGAUUUGCAUCUGUCCCGGGGGCGACGGGGACCGCGGCCAUUUCAACCUAUUCGAGACUUUACUCGAGAGGAUGUGGAAGAUGGACCACCUCUCUCCACGAAGCAGAUCCGGUCGAUAACGAUCCUGCGAGAGAUUCCAUUUGUGGUAGCGUUCAACACUCGCGUCGGUGUCUUCCAGGGGUUGGUGGCGGCCGACAAACUUCGGACUCAGGGUGAUCUACAGGGAUUCCUGCAGGGACCCUCCAUUCAACUGACCGUUCGAAGGUCUCAUAUGUACGAGGAUGCCUUCGAUAAGCUGAGUCCGAUUAAUGAACCGGAUCUUCGUCCAAAAUUCCGCAUAGAGAUGGUUAACUCUGCCGGCAUGAGAGAAGCCGGCAUCGAUGGAGGAGGAGUGUUUCGUGAAUUUCUGUCCGAGCUUAUCAAGACUGCUUUCGAUCCACACCGUGGCUUUUUCAUGAUCACAAAGGACAAUAUGCUGUACCCGAACCCGAGCGUGGGUAAAAUUGUGGAAGACUACCAACGACAUUACUAUUUCAUUGGACGCAUCCUGGGCAAAGCAUUGUACGAAAACCUGCUGGUAGAAUUGCCAUUGGCAGAAUUUUUUCUUUCGAAACUGGCGGGCAAGCAUUCGGAUGUAGAUAUUCACCAGCUGGCAUCGCUUGAUCCGGUGUUGCAUAGAAACCUCAUGUCGCUGAAAGCAUACGAAGGAGACGUUUCAGAUCUAGGAUUAGAUUUUACUAUAGUCUGUGAUGAAUUAGGUGAAACUAGGAUAGAAGAGCUCAAGCCGAACGGUGCCAACAUAACGGUGAACUCUUCCAACCGCUUGGAGUACAUCCAGCUGAUGGCAGAUUUCAAAUUGAAUAGGCAGAUUAGAUCGCAAUGUUUAGCGUUCCGGCAAGGUCUAGCGAACGUACUACCCAUUGAGUGGUUGUACAUGUUCAGUAACAAAGAACUGCAGGUGCUUACAUCUGGGGCCGAAAUUCCAGUGGACGUUCACGAUCUGCGGCAAAAUACACGAUAUGGUGGUGAUUUCACGAUAGAACAUAACACAAUUCAGCUGUUUUGGAAAGUGGUCGAAGAGUUCGACGAUAUUCAGCGAAGACAGCUGCUCAAGUUUGUCACUAGCUGCUCGCGUCCUCCACUGCUAGGUUUUAAAGAUUUGGAUCCACCGUUUUGCAUCCAGAACGCUGGUGAUACAGACCGUCUUCCAUCGGCUAGCACGUGCAUGAAUCUGCUCAAACUGCCGGCCUUUGAAAAGGAGGAUGUCCUACGCGAAAAGUUGCUCUAUGCAAUCCAGAGUGGGUCUGGAUUCGAACUGAGCUAAGGUUUGAUUGGUGAAGAUGUGGUGUGGCUUGUAAGGUUGUUCCUUCGUGAGCGUGUAAUGUGUUGUACCAGAGGUUUGGGUUUUCGGUACAAGUGUUUUUUCUCUGCAGUUUGGGUUCCUCACGUGGAAUGACGAAUAUCAAUGUGUAAUGUGCUCCGAAGCUAUUUUACAGCAAGGGUACACUUAUUAGUGAACAAGGGGAAGUGUAAGCAAUUGUAUGGUUAUAUUUAUUUCGUAAAACUAUUUUAAAGAUCGAAUACUAUUCCCUACAGAAUAACAAGCGUAUGAUGUAAGAGAUGAGGCAAAUGUAGAAGACAUCAAUUGUGGA